CGAUUCCGAUCGGCGCCUCCGAGGAGCUCCUCUCGCUUCUCUUCAUGGCGGCCUCCCUCCCCUCGCCGACCUGCCGCCCGGUGGCCGCGCGCGGCGCCCCCUCAGCCGCCUCGGGCCCCCCUCACUGAGGGCCGGGAAGAGGCCGGAGAAGGCGCCAUGGCGGCCCCUCCGCCCGGGCUGCUGCUGCUGCUGCUGCUGCUGGGGGCGCUGCUGGGCGGAGGGGGCUCCUCGCGGCUGCCCUCGGGCUGCAAGCAGGACGGCGGGGGCCGGCCCAGGAGCGGCAAGGAUGGAGGAGGAGGAGGAGGGGGGAGCGCCAAAGUGGUCUGCAGCAGCCUCGACCUCGGCCGCGUCCUCCUGCCCGACGCCCUCCCCGCCGGCACCGCCACCCUGAUUCUGAGCAACAAUAGGAUAUCGGAAUUGAAGAAUGGCUCCUUUGCUGGAUUAAGCCUCCUUGAACGACUGGACCUCAAGAACAAUCUCAUUAGUUCUAUAGAUCCAGGAGCUUUCAUAGGACUUCCAUCGUUAAAAAGAUUAGACUUGACGAACAAUCGAAUAGGAUGCCUGAACACUGAUAUAUUUAAAGGACUGACAAAUCUCAUUAGAUUAAAUCUUUCAGGAAACUUGUUUUCAUCACUCGCUCAAGGAACGUUUGAUUAUCUUACUUCGCUAAAGUCUUUAGAAUUUCAGACUGAUUAUCUUCUGUGUGAUUGUAAUAUGUUGUGGAUGCAGCAGUGGUUACAGGACAGAAACAUAACGGUACGCGAGACCCGAUGUGCUUUUCCCAAGUCGCUGCAGACUCAACUGGUUACGAGUGUUAAGCAAGAGCUUCUGACAUGUGAGCCGCCUCUGGAGUUGCCAUCUUUCUACAUGACCCCCUCUCAUCAUCAGGUUGUGUUUGAAGGAGACAGUCUGCCUUUCCAGUGCAUGGCUUCGUAUAUUGAUCAGGACAUGCAGAUACUGUGGUUUCAGGAUGGAAAAAUAGUAGAAACUGAUGAGUCCCAGGGGAUUUUUGUGGCAAAGAAUAUGAUUCAUAACUGCUCACUCAUCGCAAGUGCUCUGACCAUUUCAAAUAUUCAGCCUGGAUCUACAGGCAACUGGGGUUGCCACGUGAAGCAUCUCAAACCGGAAUAACAAUCUGCCAAGGACCUGGCCGAUACAUUAUCGUGAAGUACUGGACAGGUAGCCUGCACACAGUAUUGCCCGCCGGAAAGAGUUGUCAACAAUAAAGGUGACUUCAGGUGGCCUCGAACGUUGGCGGGCAUUACCGCAUACCUGCUCUGCACUCGUUACUCAGCUGGCAGCGGGAUCUACACUGGCAACUCUCAAGAUGAGAAGAGGGCUUGGCGCAGAUGCAGCCGGGAAGGAUUCUGGGCUGAGGAGGAUUACUCUCGGUGCCAGUACGCUAAUGAUGCCACUAGGGUCUUGUACAUGUUCAAUCAGAUGCCCCUCAACCUUACCAAUGCUGUGGCAACAGCACGGCAGCUGUUAGCUUAUACCGUGGAAGCAGCAAACUUUUCCGACAAGAUGGAUAUUAUUUUUGUGGCUGAAAUGAUAGAAAAAUUUGGGAGAUUUGCUGAGAAGUACAAAGAGCUUGGAGAUGUGAUGGUGGACAUUGCGAGUAACAUCAUGCUGGCUGAUGAGCGCAUCUUGUGGAUGGCGCAGAGAGAAGCCAAAGCAUGCACUCGAAUCGUGCAGAGCUUGCAGAGGAUUGCGACUUACCGGCUGGCAAAUGGCGCUCAGGUUUACUCAACGUAUUCUCCAAACAUUGCAGUGGAAGCCUACGUCAUCAAGAGCUCCAGCUUCACCGGGAUGACCUGCACCGUCUUCCAGAAGGUGGCGACGACAGACCGCACUGGGCUGCCCGACUACGGGCGAAGAGAUGUGGAUGGGAAUCUGGAUAAGCAGCUGGGCUUUAAGUGCAAUGUCUCUAAUACGUUGUCAAGUCUAGCACUUAAGAACACCGUCAUGGAGGCUUCUAUCCAGCUGCCGCCUGCCCUUUUCUCACAAAAGCGCAGAAGAGAAAUCAGGCCGGCAGACGACACCAUCUAUAAGCUUCAGCUUAUGGCAUUCCGCAAUGGGAAACUCUUCCCGGCCACGGGGAAUUCAACAACAUUAACUAACGACAGAAAGCGGCGCACCGUGGUCACACCUGUUAUCCUCACCAAAAUAGAUGGUUUAAGCCCGCCCCACCAACACAUUCCUAUUAACGUGACGUUGCGACGGAUUGCACACGGCGCAGACGCCGUUGCAGCGCAGUGGGACUUUGAUUUGCUGAAUGGACAAGGAGGGUGGAAAUCGGACGGAUGCCACAUUCUUUCUUCAGAUGAAAACGUCACUACCGUACAGUGCACCUCGCUCAGUAACUAUGCUGUCUUGAUGGAUUUGACAAGGAUAGACUUCUACGCCCAGUCAGCUGGCCUUCUGCAUCCGGUGACCUAUGUCUCCGGCGUGAUUCUUCUGAUGUGCCUCUUGAUGAUCAAAGUUAGCUACGUAUACCAUCACAGCAUCAUCAGAAUCAGCCUGAAAAGUUGGCACAUGCUAGUGAACCUCUGCUUUCAUAUUUUCCUGACCUGUGUGAUGUAUGUCGGAGGCAUAACCCAGAAUAAGAAUGCCACUGUCUGCCAAGCAGUUGGAAUAAUUCUGCACUACUCCACCCUGGCCACAUUGUUGUGGAUAGGAGUCACUUCCAGGAACAUUUAUAAACAAGUUACAAGAAAGGUAAAAAGAUGUCAAGAUCCAGAUGAACCACCACCCCCUCCUCGACCAAUGCUCAGGUGAGAUAUAUCUUUCUUCCCCUUCCCCUUUAUUUGCUGUGUGUCUGUACCAGGCUGUAUGUGAAACUGGGUAGUCUAUAAGCACAGCACAGAAUUGAUAGAGAAAUGCUUAAAGCCCAGGAUAUCGAACUCAGGUCCUCCAGAUGUUUGUGGAUUACGAUUCUCAUCAGGCCCUGCCAGUUGAGACAUUUUGAACCUGUAGCCUAAAAUAUUUGCAUAGAAGCUUAGUUGU